ACUGUGGUGGAGAGUCAUGUAGUGAGCUGACAUAUACUGUGGUGGAGUCAUGUAGUCACCUGACCUGUGAUCGACCGGAAUUGCCUCACUGCUUAUACAAACCGACAUGUACCAUGCACUAGUUGUAUGACAAGGGGGCGCAUAGCGCUUGAAACGCGUUACUUGUUCCUUCCUUGUCCUAUGGAUUAAACUUGAUUUUACCUGCAUUGAGCUGGAUCCGUCCUUCCUUGUUUUUUCACUCUAGUGGUAGCAUGAGACGGAGUCUACAACCCACACAAGUGGCUCAGGUAGUGCAGCUCAUCCAGGAUGGCACAUCAAUGCGAGCUGUGGCAAGAAGGUUUGCUGUGUCUGUCAGCGUAGUGUCCAGAGCAUGGAGGCGCUACCAGGAGACAGGCCAGUACAUCAGGAGACGUGGAGGGGGCCGUAGGAGGGCAACAACCCAGCAGCAGGACCGCUACCUCCACCUUUGUGCAAGGAGGAGCAGAGGGAGCACUGCCAGAGCCCUGCAAAAUGACCUCCAGCAGGACACAAAUGUGCAGGUGUCCACUCAAACGGUCAGAAACAGGCUCCAUGAGGGAGGUAUGAGGGCCCGACGUCCACAGGUGGGGGUUGUGCUUACAGCCCAACACCGUGCAGGACGUUUGGCAUUUGCCAGAGAACAUCAAGAUUGUCAAAUUCGCCACUGACACCCUUUGCUCUUCACAGAUGAAAGCAGGUUCACACUAAGCACAUGUGACAGACGUGACAGAGUCUGGAGACGCUGUGGAGAAUGUUCUGCUGCCUGCAACAUCCUCCAGCAUGACCGGUUUGGCGGUGGGUCAGUACUGGUGUGGGGUGGCAUUUCUUUGGGGGGGCCGCACAGCCCUCCAUGUGCUUGCCAGAGGUAGCCUGACUGCCAUUAGGUACCUAGAUGAGAUCCUCAGACCCCUUGUGACACCAUAUGCUGGUGCGGUUGGCCCCAAGUUCCUCCUAAUACAAGACAAUGCUAGACCUCAUGUGGCUGGAGUGUGUCAGCAGUUCCUGCAAGAGGAAGGCAUUGAUGCUAUGGACUGGCCGCCCGUUCCCCUGAAUCCGAUUGAGCACAUCUGGGACGUCUCGCUCCAUCCACCACAGACUGUCCAGGAGUUGGCGGAUGCUUUAGUCCAGGUCUGGGAGGACAUCCCUCAGGAGACCAUCCUCCACCUCAUCAGGAGCAUGCCCAGGCAUUGUAGGGAGGUCAUACGGGCAUGUGGAGGCCACACACACUACUGAGCCUCAUUGGGACUUGUAUUAAGGACAUUACAUAAAGUUGGAUCAGCCUGUAGUGGGGUUUUCCACUGUGAUUUUGAGGGUGACUCCAUAUCCAGACCUCCAGGGGGUGAGGAUUUCCAUUGAUAAUUUUUGUGUGAUUUUGUUGUCAGCGCAUUCAACUAUGUAAAGAGGAAAGUAUUUCAUACGAUUAGUUCAUUCAUUCAGACCUAGGAUGUGUUACCUUAUUGUCCCCUUUAGUUUUUGAGCAGUGUAUUUGGUUAAAAUAAUGUAUACUAGCAGAAAGCUGUCCGAAUAUAGUCACUGGGUGACUACAUUCAGGCCAUUGAGAAUCAGGCCACAUAGAGAGUCUCUGCUGUGCUAGUGGCGCCCCCUUCUGCUCAAAAGGAAUAGGAGGUGAAUCCUGCUCCUCUCAAAUGUAAGGGAGACCCAUUUUCCCUACAUGUCAGGUGGCCAGGAGAUUGGGAAAUUAUUCGGCAGAUAUAAAAAGUUUAUGGUUCUUAGAAUGUGAAGAGAGAACACAAAGGCCAAAUAUUAAAAUUUGGUGGCGUUGGAAAGGUGUUAAAGUUCUUUAUCUAAUAAUAAAACAAAACAGCAGAAACACUGAGAGGUAUACACGUGUUCUUCCAUAUGUGAUUCUGCUCAGUCCUUAUUGUUUCCCUCAGGUCCAGGACUCUCAGAGCUGAAGUUUUCCUAUGAAGUACAAUGGUCCUUAUCACCAAUGACCGACCAAGGAUGGACGAUGCCAGAAACCACAUGUCUGGGAGGAUAUUAGACCUCACCUUGGAGAUAAUCUACUGGAUAACUGGAGAGGAUUACACAGUAGUGAAGAAGUCGUCUGGUGAGUGUGUGACCCCCCGUGUGUCAGGAGGGCGGGGCAGGAGCCAGAGCCCCACCCCCGAGGAGCCUCCACCUCAUUCACUGAUACAUGAGCAGAAGAUCCUAGAACUUACCUCCAGGAUCACUGAGCUGCUGACUGGAGAGGUUCCUAUAAGGUGUCAGGAUGUCGCUGUCUAUUUCUCCAUGGAGGAGUGGGAGUAUUUAGAAGGACACAAGGAUCUGUACGCAGACAUAGUCAUGAUGGAGGAUCAGCAGCCCCUCACAUCACCACUGGAUGGAUCCAGUCAGAGAAAUCCCCCAGAGAGAUGUCCCCGUCCUCUAUAUUCCCAGGAUUGUAAAGAGGAAGAGCAGAAUGUCCCUGUGGAUCAUCAGGGAAGUGAUGGAGGAUCGGUGAGUGAACUUGAGAAACCCGAAUCAAUGUCAAUGGAUGGUGAAGCCUGGAUGAGCGGCUGCCCUGGACAUCUUUUAUCUUUCUAUUAUGAAGAAAAGGAUAACAAUAUGACGCAAGCUAAUACAAUAAUUCCUACUGUACCCAUAGUCCUUCAGAGCAGCGAUCUAUCCACCGAUACCACUGGUCACCAGAAUCCUUCCUUUGAUCAAUCACUAAAUGGCGAUCAAAGACCAGAGAAAAUACUUCUAUAUGGGAAAAAUCCUAAAAAGAAAACGAAUCUUUCUUUGCAUGACAGAGUUCAGAAAAACGAAGGACCGUUUAUAUGUUCAGAAUGUGGAAAAUCUUUUCCCACCGAAUUUAGUCUGGAGAGGCAUCAGAGAACUCACACAGGGGAGAAGCCAUUUUCAUGUUCCGAAUGUGGGAAAUGUUUCAGUCAGAAAUCAAAUCUUGUAACGCAUCAAAGAAGUCACACAGGGGAGAAGCCGUUUUCGUGUCCCGAAUGUAAGAAAUGUUUCAGCAAGAAAUUUGGGCUUGUUGAACAUCAGAAAACACAUACAGGAGAGAAGCCCUUUUCAUGUCCUUUAUGCGGGAACUUUUUCAGUAAGAAAGCAAAUCUUGUAGAACAUCUGAGACGACACAGAGGGGAGAAGCCGUUUUCAUGUUCAGAAUGUGGGAAAUGUUUUACCUAUAAAUCUGCAUAUUUUCAACAUCAGAGAACUCACACGGGGGAGAAGCCUUUUUCAUGCUCGGAAUGUGGGAAACAUUUUUACAAGAAAUCAUAUCUUAAGAUCCACCUAAGAAGUCACACAGGGGAGAAGCCGUUUUCAUGUACUGAAUGUAGUAAGUCUUUUAGCCAUAGAUCAAAUCUGGUGAAGCAUUUAAGAACUCACACAGAGCCAUAUUCAUGCUCCGAAUGCAGAAGAUGUUUUACCUAUAAAUCCAUUCUUGUUCAUCAUAUAAGAACUCACACAGGAAAGAAACCAUAUUCAUGUUCAGAAUGUGGGAAAUGUUUUAGCCAGAAAUCAUCCUUGCCUUUUAUGAGGCAUAAGUAUGAUCUAGUAGAGACAGCCCUGGUAGAGACAGCCCUGGUAGAGACAAUCCUGGUAGAGACAGCCCUGGUAGAGACAGCCCUGAUAGAGACAGAGACAGCCCUGGUAGAGACAAUCCAGGUAGAGACAGCCCUGGUAGAGACAAUCCUGGUAGAGACAAUCCUGGUAGAGACAGCCCUGGUAGAGACAAUCCUGGUAGAGACAAUCCUGGUAAAGACAGCCCUGGUAGAGACAGCCCUGGUAGAGACAGAGACAGCCCUGGUAGAGACAGCCCUGGUAGAGACAAUCCUGGUAGAGACAGCCCUGAGAGACAGCCCUGGUAGAGACAAUCCUGGUAGAAAGACAGCCCUGGUAGAGACAAUCCUGGUAGAGACAGCCCUGGUAGAGACAGCCCUGAUAGAAACAAUCCUGGUAGAGGAAGCCCUGAUAGAGACAAUCCUGGUAGAGACAGCCCUGGUAGAGACAAUCCUGGUAGAGACAGCCCUGGUAGAGACAAUCCUGGUAGAGACAGCCCUGGUAGAGACAAUCCUGGUAGAGACAGCCCUAGUAGAGACAAUUCUGGUAGAGACAAUCCUGGUAGAGACAACCCUGGUAGAGACAGCCCUGGUAGAGACAGCCCUGGUAGAGACAAUCCUGGUAGAGGCAAUCCUGGGUAGAGACAGCCCUGGUAGAGACAGCCCUGGUAGAGACAGCCCUGGUAGAGACAAUCCUGGUAGAGACAGCCCUGGUAGAGACAGCCCUGGUAGAGACAAUCCUGGUAGAGACAGCCCUGGUAGAGACAGCCCUGGUAGGGACAUCCCUGGUAGAGACAGCCCUGGUAGAGUCAAUCCUUGUAGAGACAGCCCUGGUAGAGACAAUUCUGAGGAAGCCCUGAUAGAGACAAUCCUGGUAGAGACAGCCCUGGUAGAGACAAUCCUGGUAGAGACAGCCCUGGUAGAGACAAUCCUGGUAGAGACAGCCCUGGUAGAGACAGCCCUGGUAGAGACAAUCCUGGUAGAGACAAUCCUGGUAGAGACAAUCCUGGUAGAGACAACCCUGGUAGAGACAGCCCUGGUAAAGACAGCCCUGGUAGAGACAGCCCUGGUAGAGACAAUCCUGGUAGAGACAAUCCUGGUAGAGACAACCCUGGUAGAGACAGCCCUGGUAGAGACAGCCCUGGUAGAGACAAUCCUGGUAGAGGCAAUCCUGGGUAGAGACAGCCCUGGUAGAGACAGCCCUGAUAGAGCCAGCCCCGGUAGAGACAAUCCUGGUAGAGACAGCUCUGGUAGAGACAGCCCUGGUAGAGACAAUCCUGGUAGAGACAGCCCUGGUAAAGACAGCCCUGGUAGAGACAAUCCUGGUAGGGACAGCCCUGGUAGAGACAGCCCUGGUAGAGUCAAUCCUUGUAGAGACAGCCCUGGUAGAGACAGCCCUGGUAGAGGCAAUCCUGGUAGAGACAGCCCUGGUAGAGACAGCCCUGGUAGAAUGGCCUGGACCCGCUGCCGAAUCACAAGGAGCAUCUCAGAUAUAGUGCGGGAAAACUACGGCUCGGGCCUCCGGAGACCACAGACUACACAAAACCUGGCCAGGUACCUGACUCAGGUCAUGGAAUCUCAUAAUGCCACAUGGCAAGAUGGGGAAAACCUUUGCAGGUUAAAAAUGCCACCCACCAUGUUCUCUCAAUUUAUAACUGUCACUCAUGCAGCUAGACCCAAUGAACCCAGGGGAGAGGACUCCAGACAGACGUUUACUAACUCUCUUAAAACCUUUUGCACGCAAAGACAGAGAGAGAGGGGGACGAUAGCAGUGGGCACUCAAACCCCGACCCAGACUGUAUCUGACUAUUACCUUGGUCUAGAGCAACAUUACAUAGACGAAGGAUUAGACAUGGACAGUGACGUAAUACAGAGACUGUUUGUAGUUGCUUUUGUGGACGGUUUAAGACCCCAGAGAAGGGAACAACUGAAAGCCCAGGGGAUAGGACCUGACCUACAGGGAGCCCCUAAAAAGACUACAAUAGCAUAUGUCUCUGAAAAAUCCCAAGAUCCGGACAGCAUUGAAGGAACCCACACACUACUGCCUGGAGACUACGUGUAUGUAAAGAAACAUACCAAGAAGUCCCUCGAGCCCCGAUUUGAAGGACCAUAUCAAGUUCUCUUGACUACAGCAACAUCAGUCAAGCUGCAAGGAAAAGCCAGCUGGAUUCAUGCAUCACACUGCAAAAGGACGAUUGACAUCACACCUGAAACACUCUUCCUGGUGAGGAUGCCGGUCCAUUCCUCAGGGGACGGAGCCAAUUUAAGAAGACUUGGUUCCCUCAGACAACUCGCGGUCUGGGAUAGCCAGUUAUCAGUCAGGUUUCUUAGAUCCGAGACUCUUUCAAGUUUCCUUCUGAGAAGCAUGGUUCUUUUCAUCAAUGACCGACCAAGGAUGGACGAUGCCAGAAACCACAUGUCUGGGAGGAUAUUAGACCUCACCCUGGAGAUAAUCUACUGGAUAACUGGAGAGGAUUACACAGUAGUGAAGAAGUCGUCUGGUGAGUGUGUGACCCCCCAUGUGUCAGGAGGGCGGGGCAGGAGCCAGAGCCCCGCCCCCGAGGAGCCUCCACCCCAUUCACUGAUACAUGAGCAGAAGAUCCUAGAACUUACCUCCAGGAUCACUGAGCUGCUGACUGGAGAGGUUCCUAUAAGGUGUCAGGAUGUCGCUGUCUAUUUCUCCAUGGAGGAGUGGGAGUAUUUAGAAGGACACAAGGAACUAGAAGACACAUUAGUCAUGCUGGACCUCAUCCUGGAGAUAAUCAACCUGAUAACUGGAGAGGAUUACACAGUAGUGAAGAAGUCGUCUGGUGAGUGUGUGACCCCCCGUGUGUCAGGAGGGCGGGGCAGGAGCCAGAGCCCCGCCCCCGAGGAGCCUCCACCUCAUUCACUGAUACAUGAGCAGAAGAUCCUAGAACUUACCUCCAGGAUCACUGAGCUGCUGACUGGAGAGGUUCCUAUAAGGUGUCAGGAUGUCGCUGUCUAUUUCUCCAUGGAGGAGUGGGAGUAUUUAGGAGGACACAAGGAUCUGUACGCAGACAUAGUCAUGAUGGAGGAUCAGCAGCCCCUCACAUCACCACUGGAUGGAUCCAGUCAGAGAAAUCCCCCAGAGAGAUGUCCCCGUCCUCUAUAUUCCCAGGAUUGUAAAGAGGAAGAGCAGAAUGUCCCCGUGGAUCAUCAGGAAAUUGAUGGUGAAACUAAAAGUGGAUUGGAAAAUUCUGUGUCCCUGUCAGCGGAUGGUGCAGACUUGAUGAGCGCCUCCCAUGGACAUGUCCUUAUAUCUCCGUAUGAAGGACACAAUGACGAUACCACACAAGCUAAUUCAGUAACGCCUAAUGGGUCUUUAGUCCCUCCCAGCGGCGAUCUAUCCACCGCUAAUAACAAGAAAUCUUCAUCUAAUUCAUCACGGAUCGGCAAACAAAAAACAGCGAAACAUUGUAAAAAGAAAUGUAAUCUCCCUUUGCCCGAAGGACCGUUUAUAUGUUCACAAUGUGGGAAAUCUUUCCCCAUUGAAUUCAAUCUUAAGCGACAUCUGAAAACUCACACGGGGGAGAAGCCGUUCUCAUGUGCACAAUGUGGGAGAUGUUUUAGCCGAGCGGCGGGUCUUGCCGAACACCAGAGAACUCACACGGGGGAGAAGCCAUUUUCAUGUCCCGUUUGUGGGAAGUUUAUCAGUCACAAAUCGGGUCUUAAAGAGCAUCUAAGAACGCACACGGGGGAGAAGCCGUUCUCAUGUUCAGACUGUGGGAAAUCUUUUACCCAUAAAUCGGCGUUUGCCCGUCAUAUGAGAAUCCACACGGGGGAGAAGCCGUUUUCCUGCUCGGAAUGCGGGAAGAAUUUUAACAAGAAGGCCUGUCUCAUGGACCAUCUGAGAAGCCACACGGGGGAGAAGCCGUUUUCGUGUUCGGACUGUGGAAAGUGUUUCAGCGUGAAAUCCAACCUCAUGAAGCAUCUGAGAAUUCACACGGGAGAGAAGCCCUAUUCCUGCUCGGAAUGCGGGAGUUGUUUCACCUAUAAGUCGGCUUACGAUUCCCACAUGAGAACUCACACGAAGGAGAAGCCAUACUCGUGUUCGGAAUGCGGGAGAUGUUUUAGCCAGACGUCGACUCUCGCUAAACAUCAAAUCACUCACUCGGGGGAGAAGCCGUUUUCGUGCUCUCAAUGUGGGACGUGCUUCACCCAGAGGUCGAGUCUUGUGAAACACCAAAAAAGUCACUCCAGGGAGAAGACAUAUACAGUAGUGAAGAAGUCGUCUGGUGAGUGUGUGACCCCCCGUGUGUCAGAAGGGCGGGGCAGGAGCCAGAGCCCCACCCCCGAGGAGCCUCCACCUCAUUCACUGAUACAUGAGCAGAAGAUCCUAGAACUUACCUCCAGGAUCACUGAGCUGCUGACUGGAGAGGUUCCUAUAAGGUGUCAGGAUGUCGCUGUCUAUUUCUCCAUGGAGGAGUGGGAGUAUUUAGAAGGACACAAGGAUCUGUACGCAGACAUAGUCAUGAUGGAGGAUCAGCAGCCCCUCACAUCACCACUGGAUGGAUCCAGUCAGAGAAAUCCCCCAGAGAGAUGUCCCCGUCCUCUAUAUUCCCAGGAUUGUAAAGAGGAAGAGCAGAAUGUCCCUGUGGAUCAUCAGGAAAGUGAUGGCGAAACAACGAGAGGACCCCAAAACCCCAAAUCGGUGUCAGUGAAUGAAGUCAUGGAUUAUAAAAUCAUGGCUUUGUCCAAGCUGAAGCACAGACAUAGACAAAGUCCUGUAGGUGGAGACCCCCAUGGACAUCUUUUUUCUCCCUACUAUGAAAUAAUGCAUAACAAUACAGCUCAAACUAAUGUACCCUUGGACAUUCACAGCAGCGAUCUAUCCCCUGAUACCGCUGGUCACCAGGAACCUUCCUUAAGUCAAUCACUGAUUGGCCAACUAAUACCUGAAAAUAUGUUAACAAAUGGGGAACAUUCCAGAAAAAAAUCUUCUCUUUCAUUGCAUGAGAGAAUUAACACAGAUGAAAGUUCAUUUUCAUGUUCAGAAUGUGGGAGAACUUUUUCCCAGGAAUUUAAUCUUGAGAGACAUCUGAAAACUCACACGGAGGCAGAGCAGUUUUCGUGUCCUGAAUGCGGGAAAUGUUAUCGCAAGAAAUCAGUUCUUGUUGAACAUAGGAAAAUUCACACAGGCGAGAAGCCAUUUUUAUGUCCUGUGUGUGGGAAAUAUUUUAGUCAGAAAUCAAGUCUCAUGGAACAUCUAAGAAGUCACACAGGGGAAAAGCCGUUUUCAUGUUCUGAAUGUGGGAAAUGUUUUACCUAUAAAUCUGCUUUUAUUCAUCAUUUGAGAAUUCACACAGGCGAGAAGCCAUUUUCAUGUUCAGAGUGUGGGAAACAUUUUAACAAGAAAUCGAGUCUUGUGGAUCACCUGAGAAGUCACACAGGGGAGAAGCCGUUUCCGUGUUCAGAAUGUGGAAAAAGUUUUAGCCAGAAAUCAAAUCUUGUGAAGCAUAUGAGAAUUCACACUGGGGAGAAGCCGUAUUCCUGCUCAGAAUGUGGAAGCUGUUUUACCUAUAAAUCUGCUUUUGUUUAUCAUCUGAGAACUCACACAGGGGAGAAGCCAUUCUCAUGCACAGAAUGUGGAAGAUGUUUCACGUAUAAAUCUGUUCUUGUUCAUCAUUUGAGAACUCAUACAAAAGACAAACCAUAUUCAUGUUCAGAAUGUGGGAAAGGUUUUAGCCAGAAAUCAAGUCUUGUUAAACAUCAAAGAACUCAUUUAGGAAAAUAGCCAUUAUAAAGUUCAGACUGGAGGAAAUGUGGCAGGUGUGGAGCUUCAUUGUGGGACCUGUUGCCUAUGGCUGGGUUCACACAUGGUGAUUAAAAUAGGCCUCAAUGCAAGUCUAUGGGAGGGGGCGUGAUGGCCGGGUGCAGUAGGGAGAUCACGGGGGUCCCCAGUGGCCGAACAGACAUCUUAUUCCCUUUCCUUUUGGAUAGAGGCUAAGAUUUCUAGGGGC